CCAUCUUCACCCCCUGCCUUGUCCAGCCCUGCACAUCCACCACCACUCUCUCCCUCGUUCCGCGGGCGGGAUAUGUCGGGCUCCGUUCGCCGCCCCGGGAGAUCCCUGAGCCGGCAGAGGCCUACCUGGCGCUGGCAGCGAGCGGGCGGCUGGUGGGCCCGAGGCUGGGGCCGGCGCCUGGGCCUAGGCCUGGGCAUGGGCCUGGGCAUUGCCUUCACAGCCGGCCUGGGGCGUAGCUUACGGACGCCGCUGUCCGACUGCCAGUGGGAGGAGGAGGAGCGGAGCCGGGAGCCCGGGGUCCCGGCAGCGGCCGUGGGGCGCGACAUACUGCAGAGGAUCAAGGAUGAAGUGGGAGCUCCUGGAAUAGUGGUUGGUGUUGCUGUGGAUGGAAAAGAAGUGUGGUCUGAAGGUCUGGGGUACGCAGAUGUGGAGAACCGAGUGUUGUGUAAACCGGAGACUGUCAUGCGAAUCGCCAGCAUCAGCAAACCACUGACCAUGACAGCCAUUGCCAAGCUGUGGGAGAAAGGAAAGCUGGACUUGGAUGCUCCUGUGCAGAUAUAUGUGCCAGAAUUUCCUGAAAAGAAAUAUGACGGAGAGAAAGUGACGAUAACUACACGGUUGUUAGUGUCUCAUCUGAGUGGCAUUCGGCACUAUGAGAAGGAUGUUAAGAAGGUACAGGAACAAAAGGCAAAAAACAAGAAGGAACAAAGUCUUGUUAAAGAGAAUGUGGAGCGCAAAGUCCAAGAAAGCAAAAAGACCAAGAAAGAGUUUGAACACGAGGAAUAUUACAUCAAAGACAAGUUUGAAAAUAUUUCCAAAGCAUUGAAACUGUUUGAGAAUGAUCCCUUGAUUUUCAAACCUGGGAGCAAAUUUUUGUAUUCAACACACGCUUGGACACUUCUUAGUGCUGUUGUGGAGAAGGCUUCUCAACAAAGUUUCCUGCAGUUCAUGGUUAAACUAUUCCGAGAUCUUGACAUGCUCAGAACUGUGCCAGAUGAACAUGAGCCAAUCAUCUAUAACCGAGCACGGUACUAUGUUUACAAUGAGAAGGGACGCCUGGUUAACUCUCCCUACGUGGAUUCCUCCUACAAAUGGGCUGGAGGCGGCUUUCUCUCCACCGUACUAGACCUGCUGAAAUUUGGCAAUGUGAUGUUGUACAGCUCUCAGGUGGAAGAGGAGGGACAGCAGACGCUGCUCCUGGGCUACCUCAGGCCAGCCACCAUGAGCAUGAUCUGGAGCCCUGUGGAGAGAACAGAACUGAGCUGGGACAGGGACGGCAGCUAUGCCAUGGGCUGGGGCGUGGUGGAGGAGGGGCAGCAGUGGGGCCAGUGCCGGCGACAGCGGCGGUACCUCACCCACACGGGAGGCUCAGUGGGUGCCAGCAGUGUCCUGCUGAUCCUCCCCAAGGACCGAACAGGCCCCUCUGCUAGCCCUCCCGAGGCAGGUGUCCCUCCGCAAGGGGUAGUGGUCGCCAUCCUCUGCAACCUGCAGUCUGUUAACCUCAACGCCACUGCUCUGAAAAUCGCAUUAGAGUUUGACAGGGUCAGGACAGCUGAACCCAUUCUUCCACCAUCUGAAGCUGACGGCCCAGUCCCAGCCGGCUGACCUCUACAAGUCUGUCAAGGACCCAAAUGUGAAGACUGGUGGUGGUGCCCCAUAAUGUCUGUGCCAAACAUAAGGCAAAGAUUUGGGGCUGGUGGGUAGGAUGUGCCCGUGUGGUUGGGACAUAAAAUUAGUUUUAUAUUUGCUACCUCCAAUUUGCCUGUAUCUCCACAUCAUCAAUAACAUAACUCUGUGUUCAAACCAUUGGUUUAUCAAAAUAAUGCUGGGUUUGAUUGAGGAGUGACUGGGGAUUAAUGAUGAAAACUGUACUGAUCAGCUGGCAACACUGCCAAAACAUCGCCCUUUGUGCACAUCUUGCAGAAUCGAGCAUUUAUAUACUUAAUUAAUCAAUUCCAGUGAACGAUACAGUAUUGAUGGUAAAUGAUUUUGAGCUGUAUUUUUACAGACUAGAGUGAGAAACUGGGAUCUCAACCAGGAGAAAAUCUGUCCUUAGUGCCAUGUGUCCAGAGAUGGGGAAUCCACUCCUGAGAUCUUGUUUGUCUUUCUACGAAAACCACAAAAGAAUUGUCUUUAAAAAUAUAAAAGCAUUUAAUACAUUGACAUUGCAUAAUGCAAACAUGGUGUACAUUAUUUGACACAGGAUUUGCCUACCUGACAAGCUGGGCCUGCUUCACCAUUUAUGUCGAGCAUGGCUAAUCAUCCAUUUUCAAGCAAAGGGUGGCGGGUGUAUGGAACGAGCUGCUGGAGGAAGUAGUUCAGGCAGGUACU